AUGGGCUCCGACUACCCGGAACCCCCUUCACAUAUCCCCAGCGAGUCGCACAGCGCCUAUGGUGUAUCCCCAACCGACCGGGAGCAUUUCGGUCUGGGGCCACACCCCGCCGGCGCUUCCAGCACUUCCGAAGAGCCGCAUCUAGACAUCAAACGGCCGCGCGCUUGCGAGCCCUGUCGCCAACUCAAGGUCCGGUGUGAUCCGGACCCAUCCCAUCCAGAUGGCUCUUGCAAGCGAUGCGCCAAAGCCGGACGCGCGUGCGUCGUCACCGAGCCCACGCGGAAACGUCAGAAGAAGACGGAUAGCCGGGUCACGGAGCUGGAGCGCAAGAUCGACGCGUUGACGGCUACCCUGCAGGCAUCGCAUCGUAGUGCGUUUGGAAUGGAGCCGUCUGCCACACAUGGCUCUUCUUCUCAUUCUCCUGAACUGCCUGGUCGGCGGUGGCUGCGGGAUGAUACGAAUUUGCCGGGGAAUAAGCGCAACCAUGAUGGGCUUUUGGUAUCACAGUAUCCUCGACAGGGUAGUCCGUCUGCGGAGAAAUUACCGCAGCAACAGUCUAUGUCUCGACAAUGGCGUGUUCCUUCGGCUGAAGAGGCAGCACAGUCUAAGGCGGAUAAUGAAUUCGUUGAUGUGAUUGAUAGAGGUUUAGUGGAUGUCGAGUCUGCACAGGCAGCUUUUGAGCGCUAUGUCACGAAGAUGGCACCAGAGAUGCCCAUGGUGGUCUUUCUACCGGGGACGACGAUGGGUUUUGUGCGACGAGAGAGACCGACCUUGUUUCUCGCUAUUCUCGCCGUUGCUAUCGGACCGUUUAAAAAGGAUAUACAACUCAAGCUGCUGGAUGAUGUCUAUCGCAUGGUUGCGGAUCGCAUGGUCGUGAAAGGCGAGAAGUCUCUUGAGCUUAUUCAAGCGUUGAUUGUCCUCGCGAUCUGGUACAUGCCUCCGGACAAUCUUGAAGAAUUAAAGUUCUACCAACUCGUUCAUUUCGCCGUGAUCGUGGCUAUGGAUAUUGGGCUCAACCGGCGGACGGGAGGCGAGGAUAGGCCGUUCAGUCGGUUACGAGAAGUUCUUCUCAAAAAGCCCAUGGGCUCGGCCUCUGAUAUUAAUGGGCCCGAAGCGAAGCGUACCUGGGUUGGCUGUUAUUUCAUGUCGGUUCAAGUAUCUACGGCUUUGCGGAGGAUGCAUCUUGUAAGGUGGCAGCCAUAUAUGGAAGAGUGCCUGCACACGUUGGAAAACCACCCUGAUGCUCUUCCCUCCGACAAGAAGAUUAUUUGGUGGGCCAGACUUGGGCAGAUCAUAGAAGAGUCUAGCACACAGCUCACCACCGAUGAUCCCCAAUCUAUCGUCACUUUUGCAGACAGCAAAAUUCGGUACGCGGUCAAGGGAUUCUCAAACCAGCUGGCCCAAUGGAGGAGGGAGGUUCCCGAGGAGGCUUAUAGUCUGACACUGGCCCAUACAUAUCACGUCAUCAAUCUGUUCGUCCAUGAAAGCGCGAUGAGUGUUGAUUACAGACAGACCACGCUACCAAACUCAUCCAGUAAUGAUCUCCCCACAUCAGUUCUUGCCCCGCUCAUCGAUGCAAUCAGCACUUGCAUUCAUUCGAUCCACCAAGCUCUAGACAUUAUCUGCAGCAUCGAGCCAGACCGUCUCAUUUGCUUGCCGACAGUGGCUCUAGCCCGAACGUCUUACCCAGUGGUCAGCCUGAUUAAAAUCUAUUCGCUACUGGUGGCAUCAAACACCCACAUCGGAAAGGUGAUUGAUAUGAAUAGCCUCAAGAUUGAAUAUUAUCUGGACAAAGUCAUUACUCACUAUCGUGCUGCCGCGGCACACGAUGGUGGCAGGGCGGCAUCAAAGUUUGGGAAUAUAAUCAUGAUGCUGCGCAAUUGGUUCCUGAAGAAGAGAGAGAAUGGACCGGCAUUGCGAGAGAUUUUCGGCACGGAAGUACAAUCGGACACACCAAGUGAUAAACAAGCAACUCAGCAAGGAACCACGCCCCUGCAUCUACUGAGUGAAGUUGCAAUGGGCGAUCCAGCGAAUCGCACUCCAUCCACAGCAUCCCAAUCUCGCUCCGGCCAAGAAAAAAUCUACACACCAUCAAUAUAUAGACAAAAUCCAAGCCAACAACCAGGACCCUCAACCUAUGGGACUACAAAUCCCCCAAACCCGCUCAGCCGAAUGUCCUCAAAAUCAGACCAAACCCUAUCAACAACACCCUGGACCUCCACACCCUCCUUCUCCCCCUCUAUCCCCGGAAACACCGGUCCGGGAUAUUACCCAUCAUUUACAAACCCCGAUCCAACUCAGGGAUACGCCGGUAUGCAAUCCUCGACUGGGGCCAGCCAGGCGGGAUACCCCGAUAUGUCGAGUAUGGGACUUUCUCUCUCUCAGCCAAUGGGUAUGGCACCUGAGGUAGGCAUGGAUGUCACCUUUGAUACGGAUAAUUUGUUCGCGUUGGGGACUAUGAUGGACGAGGGGUUGUUUGCUUUUCCGUUUGCUUUUGAUGGGGAUUUGCAGUUAUAG